AGAAGCGACCAUGUCCGGAUCAGCUGAGCAGGACCGUCGAGUCGAGGACGCGCUUAUUUUCGCCUCGAAGAGCCUCCAGGAAGCUUUAGAUCAGGCUAAAAAUAAGCUCGAGGGUGGUGACAAAAAUGCAAGCUUUUAGACAUUUUCUGGAGUAGUGUUGAGCGUCUUCCAAAGCAGCUUCAGGCCUAAUGAUUCGUGCUGCAGCAAUUGGUAUCCCCAUUGGCAUUACCUUUGUGGAUUGUUUUGGAUAUGUUGCAAAGGUCGAGGGUGUGUCCAUGCAGCCAGCCUUGAACCCUGAAUGCAGUAGUAAGAACGACUUCGUCUUCCUCAGUCGUUGGAGUUCUCGUUCCUUCAGAUACAACCGAGGUGACAUGGUGUCUCUGAUCUCCCCGAAGGAUCCAGGCCAGAAGAUUAUUAAGAGGAUCAUUGCGCUUGAGGGGGACUUCAUAAGGACUUUAGGUUACAAAAGGAAAUACAUUCGAAUCCCAGAGGGUCAUUGCUGGGUGGAAGGGGACCACACAGGGCACUCCCUUGACUCCAACUUCUUUGGUCCCGUGGCCAUAGGACUGAUAACAGCAAAGGCCUCGAGAAUUGUGUGGCCUCCUGAGCGUUGGCAGAAGUUGGAGAACACUUUGCCUGAGGACAGAGUGCCCUUGAACCUCCGUGGUGUAUUAGUAGAUCAGGAAGAGCUUGUAGAUGUAGAUAUAGAUGAGUGAAGUGCAAAAAAUAAAGCAAUCCCAUUGUUAGAUAUCUUUUUUGAUAGAAAGGACUACUGAUAGAAGUUACAAUGAGAGUUGCUUCAUUUGUCAACCACUUGGAAUUUGAGUUUGAAGGAAAUAUCAACAAGAAUGCCAUCUGCCUUGGUGAUGUAGACAAUGAUGGGCAGAAUGAGUUGGUGGUUGGGAAUGAAAAUGGCUUGCUUGCCAUUUUUAAGGGAGAAAACUCCAAACCUGUCCGUGUUGGAAAUGAUCUUGGCAUGAUAUCAGCCGUUGCAGUUGGUGACUUGUUCAAUUCAGGAAGAAAUGUUCUGGUGGUUGUGACGGGUUGUGGCUACUGUUACAUCUAUGACUUUGAGGAUGAUCACUUAGGGGAAUCUCCUGAGAAGAAGAUUUUGCAGCCUAUUCAUGCCCAAAGGAUACCAGCUAAUGUGAAAGUCAUGCUGAUAGGUGAUGUCAAUGGGGAUGGAUUCUCAGAGAUGGUGGUUGCCCUCACUGACCGUGUUGUGCGCACCUACCGUUGGGUCAAUUGUGGGGAUGUUGUUGGUGGCAAACCAUAUGGUAAGCUUAUUGGACUUAAUAAAUGGGAAUUAGCUGAUCAGAUUGGGAGCAUAACAUUUAAUAACUGUCCUGAUGGAACACCUUCACUCUUGGUAGCACAACCAGGAGGUACCUAUUUUACUCUGAGAGUACAGCCAGUUGGCCAGUAUAAUGAGAUGGAUCCUUUUGAUGAGAACAUGCCAGAAUUGUUGACUAAAAUGUCGCUUGAUUAUGAACCACUAGCAUCAGCUAGACUGCGCAACCCAAACAUCCACACAGAAAUAUGUGGAAACAUAAGACUCGGCAAGAUGAGACCCAGUUCGUACGGCAGUGAGGGGGACAUGCCCGACCAUGUAAAGGCAGUUCGAUCUAACAGUGAUGGUGGGGAGGUUACAACUUAUGAGAUCUCGAGCAACUUUGGGUCCAGCCAGGCAAGGUCUAGCACAGACACAGAUGAGGGUUCAGCUUAUGAAAUGUGCUGCAACAUUCGAUCGGGCCGGGCAGAGUCUGGGAGCGAUGCAGAUGGUGCUGCAGGAGAGACCUUUGGCUAUGCUUUAGCUACCUUGGAUGGGACAUUAACACUUCUAAACAAUGGGAAGAUCCAGUGGAAUUUACAAGUGGAUCAUCAACUUUUUGCAGUCUGUAAACUUGAUGUCACAGGAAAUGGAAGGGAUGAAGUCAUUGCCUGUGCAUGGGAUGGAAACACUUACAUUGUAUGUCAUAACACAGACUGUGUUAGAUAUACUUUUCCUGAACCUGUAAAUGCAUUUGUAGCUGGUCACUAUGGCCUUCAUGGAAAACAGGUACCAUGCUUAGUAUAUGCAACCUUUAACAACCGCAUAUAUCUCUACCACGACAUCACACUGCCCCACAUUGUGACCAGAACCAUUGUGGAAGUGUUGAAAAAGGAGCCAAAGUACCACCAGCUCCUGGAAAAGCUGAACAUCAGUGCUCAAGACACUGCAAAACUUAAAGAACUCAACCAUUUUCUUUUGUAUGGAAGAUUGCAAUAAGCUGAACUCUUAGUUUGUUUAAAGAGCUUGCUCGCAAAAGGACACUUUGUAUGUCUGUGGAGGACCAGAAAUGAGAAUCAGUAUUUUCUUACAGUAUGCUAUGCUGUAACAGUAAGGAAAUGUUUUUGCUGUCUUAUUGUGAAGCUCCUUUGUUUUAUGCAAGGAUGAGUUUCUCAGGGUUAGAUUGUUGAUCUGUUAAUUCCUUUGAUAAUUCUUAUGGAUAUUUUUUGUGGUUUGCAUUAACUACUGAACUUGAAUUUUUGUAAAAGAAACAUGAAAAUAGAUACAUCUAAAACUAUGA